AUGAGCAAGUCUAUGCUUACACCAGUCACGAGGGAUGAGAUUCGGGAGGCUCUGCGAGACAUCAUCAAGCUCGAUGGCCUCCAAAACACCAGCCUACUCUCCAUGAGAGAGGAGUUGAGCAGAAGGUUUCGCAAACCUGCCGCCUACUUCGACGGGCGCCGGGAAGAAGUCAACGAGCUCAUCCUUGAAACCCUGACCGAGAUGUACGGCACCGAGCAACUUCAGGAUCUCAUCAAAUCCGAGGGGUUGGAUGCGGGAGAGAGCGAUGUUAAGUUGGAGAGCCUGGAAGAGGAGCCCGAUACGACUAAAAGAACUGCUCCUACGGAGACAAUAGAGGUCCUUCCCAGCGUCAUCUCGGAACCAGGUGACGAGGUGGAAAAGUUGGCGAAAAGGGCGAAGCAGAACCAGGCCAACAUCAUGACCCGUAGCGAAUUUAUGAAAAACGCGCCAAAGCUCAAAGUACAAAUCGAAGACUCAUUGUUUAAUGUCGCGCCAAGGACGUUCUCAACCGACAGCUGCGGAUGGUACCUGAGCGAGAAAGUCAAACUCGACAUAUGCGGACAAACGAUCAUAUGCCAAGUAGGCCUCAACUGCACCGUGGUGGGAUCUAAGCAGUGGAAGGCAUGA